GAGGCAAAAUUGGAGAAAAGUAGGGGGGGUUUGGGCUAAAAUUCGUCCCUUUUCUUCUUUGUUUUUCAUGUUCUUAAAUUUCCUUAGCUUGCUAGCUUGAUUCCUACUAAAAAUAACAACAACAAAACUUACUUUGCUGCUACAUGUUACACCAAAAGAAAAGCAAGAAGCGAGAUAAAAUAAUCAGGUCUUAAAGGACAAAAGGCGAAAAUUACGAGCCUAAUCACAUGAAUCCCCAUCAACCAGUUCUCGAUGUGGCUCCUCUGAAUUGCGUUCCAUACAUGGGUCCAACUAAUCCAGAUAUGUUUUCAUCACCAACCAAAGAGAACACCGAGGCUGCAGAAGCUAUUGGUCCAGCUAUGAUAAUUCUGCCUUCACAAUCAACCAGGGAUGAGUUGGAUACUAUCUUGGCAGCUGCCAAAAAUGGAGUUGCUCUGACUGGUGCUGCAGCCACAGGAUCAGUUGGACCUGUUAUUGGAAAAGUGGAAAUCGGUGAACUGGACGAUUCGUACUAUUUCCGUGUCUCCCUUCCUGGGGCAUCAAUGGACAAAAAAGAUUUCAAUUGUGACAUUGAACCUGAUGGAAAAGUAGAAAUAAAGGGGAUAUCAACAACCGGUGAGAAGAUAGUAUGCAAGAACUUGCAAAUCUUUCAUAUGCUGACACAAAAUCUAUGCCGGCCGGGACCCUUCACCGUUUCAUUCCAGCUACCUGGUCCGGUCAAUAACCAAGAAGCCACUAGCUAUUUGGCUAACGGAAUGCUUGAGGCCAUUGUGAAGAAGAUGUAAUUCACAAGUGAUGAA